AUGAUUAUCCGCUGCGCCACCACAUACACCACCCUCCGCCCGCGCUCGCGCGGCGCCGGCGCCCCGGCCAUUCGCCCGCCGCCCGCUCAGCGCUGCGCACCCGCGCCCCCUCGCGCCGAGACGCCCAGCGCGCCGCCGCCGGCGCCAGCACCAGCGCCUGCGCCUGCGCCUACGACUGGAGCCGCCGCUGGUCAGGCCCUCUCGUCCAAGCGCUGCGAACCAUGCGAGGCUUCAGCAGACGCCGAGGCCGCCAUGGGCCUGCGCGCCGCGUUUGACCGGUCAGACGCGGAGCGCUACCUGGCACACCUCCAGCCGGGGUGGCGGCUGGCGGAAGACGAGCAGGCGCGGCUGCGCGUCAGGCGGCGGCUGAGGACGAAGAACUUUGUCAAGGCGAGGCCCGAGGGGCGGG